UCCCCUUAUUAUUCUUCUUGUACAAGGAUAGGUUCUUAUCACGAACGAGGAUAGCCUGUCCUGGAAAACCUUAUCCCUAAUUUAAGUUAUCGCCGCAGACAGCCUCAAUUGGCCACCGAGGUGGUAACAUUGGUACUAAUGUGUUAACUAUUUAUCUGUGAAAAUGGGGCAAAAGAACAGUGACCGAUUGCGCACAAUAUGGACACUUGAAAUGGACAGAUAUUUCAUUGAUCUCAUGUUAGAACAAGUUGAGAAAGGAAACAGGAUUGAUGAUCAUCUGUUCAGUAAAAAAGCGUGGAAACACAUGACAACAUUGUUCAACACAAAAUUCAAGUUUCACUACGAAAAAGAUGUUCUAAAAAACCGACACAAAACAUUAAGAAAUCUUUACAAGGCGAUACACAAUCUUCUUUCCUUAAACGGAUUUAGCUGGGAUCGUACUCGACAUAUGGUGACCGCUGAUAAUCAAGUAUGGGAUGAUUACAUCAAGGUACACCCAGAAGCUCGAUCAUAUAGAAUAAAAACCAUUCCGUAUUACUACGAUUUAUGUCAGAUAUACAAAGAUAUACCAUCAGAAGGGAAUCCCGACAAAAACCCGAUGAAAUCAUUGUCAGAAUCAGUUGACGAAGAUGAUGCUUUCGAAAACAAUAAUGCCGAUUUGGAGGCUCUUCACGAAAUUAUGAUUGACGAAGAUUUUACAGUAUCAGCAUCUAAAGAAUCUGACGGUGGUGGUGUAUCUAGAUCUGAAUAUGAAGAUAUAAGCGGUAGCCGAGUUCGGACAUAUUGGCAGCCAACAAUGGACCGUUACUUCAUUGACCUUAUGGUUGACCAUGUUCAGAAAGCACACAAGAUCAAUGGCUUGUUCCGCAAGCAAGCAUGGAUAGAGAUGAUCAAAUCGUUUAACGCAAGGUUUGGAUUCAAGUAUGACGUGGAUAUACUGAAGAACAGAUAUAAGACGUUUAGAAGACAGUAUAAUGUUAUAAACAAGCUUUUGGAAUCACCAGGAUUUUCGUGGGAUGAUUUUCGCCAGAUGGUGAUUGCCGAUGAUCUUUCUUGGCAAGAUUACAUAGAGGCAAAUUCAGAUGCAAGACAAUACAUGAGUAGACCAGUGCCUUACUACAACGAUUUAUGCAUCAUUUUCAAAGCAACCGACACCGACGAAAAAGACAGUUCCUCCGAUAAUCGUUCUACCUCCGAGCUGGAUACCAAGCGCAACCUCGAGGUUAACGAAAAUCCCGAGAGUUGGAAGAAAGCGAGGGUGGAUGAGGGGAGGUUGUUGAGUGCUCUUCAAGAAAUGGCGAACGCGGUUUCUUGUUUAGUAGAAAAGAGGAAAGUUGAAGGUGAAGAAAACCAAAACUCCAUUGAUGUAGAGAAUGUAAUUGCAAGUGUUCAGGCGUUACCUGAUAUGGAUGAUGAUUUUAUAUUGGAUGCUUGUGAUUUUUUGGAAGAUGAUAAUAAAGCUAAAACAUUUUUGGCAUUAGAUGUUAGAUUAAGAAGGAAGUGGUUGAUUAGGAAACUUCGUCCCCGAAAUUCUGUGUAAAUUAAUCACUUUUUUAUUGGAAUAAUCAGUUUUUAUAUGGCAUAUUUAUUUUCCCAUU